AGCUUUAGGAAUGUGAUGACGGUUACACGCUGGCGCCAUUGGGAGCUUGUUUUGUGACGUCGGAAAGAUCUGUGUCUGUGCGGAACCUAUGAAGACGACAAGGAGCUGACGGCGUUGCUAACAUGUUGACCGCUCCUUGGAUUUGCUGUACCAGGGCUGUGAGUUCGGUCGGCUGUACGGCUAAAGGCUGGACUCACUUCAGAAGAAUUGGAAAAUAUGCUGGGCCAGUUAUUGCAGGUGGCUGCAUAUUCAUUUCCUAUGAAAUUUUGGUACUGGGAGAAAGUGUGACUCUUGGUACGCAGGCUGUUGAACAAGAAAAGCUGAAAUCGUACGUCUAUGUGUACCCUAUUCUACGAGAAAAACAAGGAUUGGAGGGAAUUACAAGCAAAGCCAAAAAAGAACUACAAAGGACUGUCAGAAGACUGGUGCAAACCACAGCUGAGAUUUUCUCGUUGCCACUAGAUGAGCGUUACUUGAGACAGGACGUGGAAAGCCAUGAUUCUGAUUUGUGGCUUCUUCUAAAACGGACUCAGUCUGCAGUUAAAGCAGUACGUCUGCAGGCUGUUCAGGAACUGGCAAAGAAACAUCACUGGCAUGAUUAUAAAUACAGAACACUGGCCCAAGCAUUUGAUCAGAAAACAAGCAUCGGGCUAGCCAGAUGUCAAGAUGUUGACUUACGGUUUUUUUUACAUCCUCCUUCACCAAAAGUAAUUGAGAACUCCUGCAUUGAAGAUGAGCUCAGAAAUCUGCUGGCAGCUCUACCACAAUCUGAAGUGGAUCAGUGUGUGCAAUACUUUACUUCUCUUGCUCUACGAGAAAGUAAUCAGUCUUUAUCAGCACAAAGGGGAGGCUUAUGGUGUUUUGGGGGAAAUGGGCUUCCAUAUGCACAGAGCCUAAGCUCUGUUCCAUCUGAGAAGGUUGAAUCAUUUUGUCUUCAAGCACUCGCUGAACAUUCUAAGGUUCCGAGCCACUGUGACAAGAUUGUAAUGAAUGGAGGUCUGCAGUUGCUUCAGAAAAUAUAUCAGCUGCGUCAAGAUUGUCCGAAAAUUCAAAGAAAUAUCAUUCGAACAAUUGGAAAUUUGGCUUUACAUGAACAUCUUCACUCAGCUUUGGCACAGUCAGGAUGGAUCGGUAUACUUGCUGAAGGAAUGAAAUCACCACAUGUUAUUCAGGCUUCACAUGCGGCAAGAGCCUUGGCUAAUUUUGACAGGGACACCGUGAAAGAAAAGUAUGAGGAUGGAGUGUACAUUCUUCAUCCUCAGUAUAGAACCAGUGAGCCAAUCAAAGCAGAUGUUCUUUUUAUCCAUGGUCUGCUGGGGGCAGCUUUCAAAACAUGGCGACAGAAGGACCAAAGUGAUAUGGAGGAUAAGGAUGCUAAUUACACAGCAUGUUGGCCAAAGACCUGGUUGACUGCAGACUGCCCCAAUCUCAGGAUAUUGUCAGUGGAGUAUGACAGCCACCUUAGCGACUGGAGAUCCAAGUGCCCUGUGGAGAAUGAAAGGAAAUCCAUGGCUUACAGGGGUCGGGAACUGUUGACUAAACUGAAAGCUGCAGGUGUUGGGGAUAGGCCAGUGGUGUGGGUAGCACAUAGUAUGGGAGGCUUGCUAGUCAAAAAGAUGCUUUUAGAUGCUUCAGAGGAUCCUGAAAUGAGGUCAGUGGUUCAGAAUACUCGAGGGAUUGUAUUUUACAGUGUACCUCAUCGUGGAUCACGCUUAGCAGAGUACUCUGUCAGUGCCCGUUUUCUACUGUUUCCCUCUAUUGAAGUCAAAGAACUUAGUAAGGAUUCACCUGCUUUGAGAGAGCUGAACGAUAAUUUCACCAGAUUCAUACGGGAACACAAUGUCAACAUAUUGAGCUUUGGAGAAAUGUUACCAACAUGCAUCGGCAGCAUGAUAAAACUGCAUGUGGUGCCUCCAGCUUCAGCAGACUUGGGAUUUGGGGAUUUUAUUCCCUUGAAUGUUAAUCAUCUAAAUAUUUGCAAACCUGGAAGCAGAAAUUCCUUCCUUUACCAACGGAGUCUGAAAUUUAUAAAAGAUUCUCUGGAAAAAGAAUUCAAAAGGCUCACCACUCUUUGGGUGAAGAAAUGUCUCAUCUCCCUCGUUCUGGACACACCUGCCAACUGUAAUUGCAGCUACUAUUUUCAUAUUGCACACUUUUGGUUUCGAACUCAAUGGAAGGCAAUCGAGAGCACUUCUCAGCCAGUGGCUUCCAGUCUCUGCCUAUAUGUGUUGGAAGUAAUCAGGUUAAAAGGAACUGCAGAAAUACGAUCAGAUGCUGAUGUAGCAGACAGAGUUUCUGUGAAAAUGUACUGUGGCUGAACCAGCAUUAACCCUGAGGUCUUAUUUGGAAGUGUAAUGAGAAGAUGACCCCAUACUACAGUGAGAAAAACAAAGUAAUGGAGUCGAGUCAAGGAUGGGAAUAAAGCGUAGCCUUCAGAGAGGAGAUACAAUGACAUCUGGGAAG